AUGGAUGCAUUCCGGGAACGUCUGAACUUUCGUACACGACGUGAAUCACAUACAUCCACUUGCGACAAUGAAAUGCUUGAUGAAGAUCUUGGACAUCCGCCAACUUGUCCCGGUACUCCUCCAGGAACAUAUGUGGGCUCGCUGCAGUCUGAUUCACUCCUCAGUUCCUCGUUUCGGUCAAGGUCACGAUCCGAUGUAUCAAGUCCGCCACCAAUACCACGCACGAAUCUGCGUGUGCGCAGCGAGAGGCACAGCGUUUGUGUAACAGAUUUACCGGAUAUACAUGCAACAAAUGCGUUGCCUGCACAGCGAAAUCACUUAUUCAUUGAUACAAAACUUGCAAAUGAGUUAUCUCGGAGUUGUCGCGGUAAACAACGGCAUGCAACAGUGAGCGCCACGGAUUCGAAAUCCACCAUGUGGAAUCCACCGGUUCAUUUUUCGCAUGCACUUCAUUUAGAAGGUGGUCGCUGCUAA